CGGAGCAUGACGGGAGCGGAGCAAAUGCCAGGCUCAAAUAUCUAAAGAAACUGAACACCUUUGAUGUGCAUCGCACACGAAAUUCCUGCAAACAGCUGCAUCAAAGCAUCUUUCAAAGAUAUACGGCGCCACCCCCGACAUUCUUCUGCAGACCCCCCAGUACCGCCACCCAAUCGCCACAUCUAUUCCUGCGAACGACCACGUAAACGAUCCAACACAUUCUUUUGACCCCUGGCAGUGCCGCGCCCAAGCUGUUCGGUGCCACUGAGCGAGAUGGAGUUGAAUAAAGUGCUUGAAUACGGUGUUUUGGUCUCCUUCGGCGGCCUUGUAGGAAUAGCAGUCGCCAUGGCGGUAGAGCAAUACUUUUUGCACCCCGUGGCCCAACCGCCCAGGCGCCGCGCCGCAAAUCGACCACAUGCAGAGCCCAACGCUGCCCGCGACGCCCCGCCAAUCAUGCAUGUGCGCAUCCUUGAGGAUGAGGCCGACCGCGAUGACUUGACCUUGGAUGAAGUUGCUUUUGCCUCCGCUGCCGUGGAUGCUGCAACCGCAGAUGAGCUCUUUUUGGCAGAUCACUCCGGCUUUGCUGCCGAUGAUGAUGCCGAUACUCUUGAAUGGGAAAUGCGUGAAUCCUUGCUUUUGGGUGCCAGCGACUUUGGUGAGCUCGAUCAGCUACCAGAGGAAGAGCUGCGCGAGCUGGCCGACGACCAGGAUCUGCCUGCCUGGAUGCGCAUGGCCAUCCAGAGCCACUUGGCCUAUGAAGCUGGUGACGAGCAGACAGGACAUAUGCUGCACGAGACGGCUAAGCUCUUGCUUGUACGGCAUGAGCGAUCCGCCGAAUCUGCCUUUCCCACCCCACCCCCCUCACGUCGCUUUGCGCAAGCGCCGCGUUCAAAUUCACCGGGUCUCCCGCUCGGCUAACAAUCACAUGGCACGUGGGUGCGUACCUAGUGAGUAUCUAGGACGUGCUCAUCUCCAACUCUUUUGGCAUGUCAAUGCCCUUCCCACCGCCAUUGGUCACGAUGAUUUACUUUGUGGUGUGCCAUUCCUUGUUGCCCCUGCGGUAGUCUACAUGAUGUCUUUGCUUGCGUGAGUUUUGCCUGACAUGAGUCUGUCUCGAUUUACCUGCCUGCCAUGCUUGCCCUGUGUGCAAGGAAGGAUGCUGCCCGGCUGUGUUGCCGCAGCUGCUUCUUUUUCUUGGGGUUACCUCUCUUUUUUUCUUUUUCUUCCUUGUGUUAACUUUGCUGUGAGUAACUGAAUCCAAAACACGACCUUG